CCCAACCAGCGCUUCGGUUGUUGGUCUGCGGCUCUUUCCACACUGGGUAAAGUGUGGGGGAAACUUUGAAAGUUGGAGGCUGCAUGUCUGGUACUGGAAAGUUUCGUGUGUGUGGAAGUGUGGGGAAGUGGGGUGCGUUCAUUAUUUCCUGUUCCUUCCCUGGGCCCGUUUUUUUCUCUGCUGGAGCUGGAGGCAUGGGUAGCAAGAAACUAAGACGAGUAGGCUUAUCACCAGAGCUGUGUGACCGUCUAAGCAGACAUCAGAUUGUUACCUGUCAGGACUUUUUAUGUCUUUCCCCACUGGAGCUUAUGAAGAUGACUGGCCUGAGUUAUUAUGGUGUCCAUGAACUUCUGUGUUUGGUUAGCAGGGCCUGUGCCCCACAGAUGCAAACGGCUUAUGGAAUGAAGGCACAAAGGUCUGCUGAUGUCUCACCAGGGUUCUUACCUACUACACUUUCUGCUUUGGAUGAAGCCUUGCAUGGUGGUGUGGCUUGUGGAUCCCUCACAGAGAUUACAGGUCCACCAGGUUGUGGAAAAACUCAGUUUUGUAUGAUGAUGAGCAUUUUGGCUACAUUACCCACCAACAUGGGAGGAUUAGAAGGAGAUGUUGUAUACAUUGACACAGAAUCAGCAUUUAGUGCUGAAAGACUGGUUGAGAUAGCAGAAUCCCGUUUUCCCAGAUAUUUUAAUACUGAAGAAAAAUUACUUUUGACAAGUAGUAAAGUUCAUCUUUAUCGGGAACUCAGCUGUGAUGAAGUCCUACAAAGGAUUGAAUCUUUGGAGGAAGAAAUUAUUUCAAAAGGAGUUAAACUUGUGAUUAUUGAUUCUGUUGCUUCUGUGGUCAGAAAGGAGUUUGAUACACAACUUCAAGGCAAUCUGAAAGAAAGAAACAAAUUCUUGGCAAGAGAAGCAUCCUCACUGAAGUAUUUGGCUGAGGAAUUUUCAAUCCCAGUUAUCUUGACGAAUCAAAUUACAACCCAUCUGAGUGGAGCCCUGGCUUCUCAGGCAGACCUGGUGUCUCCAGCUGAUGAUUUGUCCCUGUCUGAAGGCACUUCUGGAUCCAGUUGUGUGACAGCUGCACUAGGAAACACCUGGAGUCACAGUGUGAACACCCGGUUGAUUCUCCAGUACUUGGAUUCAGAGAGAAGACAGAUUCUCAUUGCCAAAUCCCCUCUGGCUCCCUUCAUCUCAUUUGUCUACACCAUCAAGGAGGAAGGCCUGGUUCUUCAAGGAGCCUAUGAUGGCAGAGAAGGUAACUCUGACGGUGUUCCUAAACCUGCUGCUGUGGGAUUCCAGAGUCAGCUCCUCCGGAUCACUUCCAGAUCCCUGCUCGUCCCAUUUAGAAUCUGAUGUUGAAGUCUAUUGCCAUUGGCUGUCCUCUGGGGCCAGAGAACCCAUCUGGGGUUUGUCUAGUCUCCCAUGCCAACACCGUCAUCUAAACUCCACAGUCGUUACCAAUCUAACAGCUUGAAAGUUGAUGCAGAGAUGAAGCAGAAGCCAGUUUGGCUUCCUCCCAGUUCUCUAUGUCCCUCUGGGGUUAAUCAGCAACUACCUAUCUUUGUGUCAAUAACAUAAGCCUCUCUAACUAGAACACCUGGUGGAAACCCAUGGGCAGGUUUAAGAUGAAGCAAAUUUUGCAGUAAUUAAUCUGACCUUCACUCUAUUUAAGCUGCACUCAGAAUAUCCAGACAAAAACAGCUUGCUGAACCCAACCAGCUAGCUGGAUGGACCUAUAGCUCUCAGUGCUCCUUAAGCCACCUUGGGUUUUCUAAUAUUUUCCAUGUCCACACUUUAACUCCAAAGUCUGUGAACUUUAAGCAGUAUCUCCCUAUUUCAUGCAUACACACAGAGUUUAGUGAAACAGCCCGAGUCCAUCCUACUGGUAGAAUUCUUUAAUGGCAUCUCCCCAGCCCUUUCCCACCCUCAGAGCCCAUCCUGAUGGUGGUGUUCACACCACUGGGGAAAUCAUAGACCUUCUUAACUGGGAUUACCAAUACCUACUCUUAGUGGCUAUUGAGUGUCAGGUGAUUGCUUAUUCAGGGAAAGGUGGGAAAGGGGUUAACAAGACCAGGGGCAUAUAAAAAAUAGUUCUGUGCUGUAUUAGUUUGCUCAGGCUGCCAUUAUAGAAUACCACAGAAUGUAUGGCUUAAACAACAAAAAUUUAUUUUCUCUCAGUUCUGGAGGCUGGAAGUCCAAGAUAAAGGUGGCAGCAGGUUUGGAUUCUCCUAAGGCCUCUCUCCUUGGUUUGCAGACGGCACCUUCUCUUUGUGUCCUCUCAUGGCUUUUCCUCUGUGUGUGAAUUCCUAGUGUCUCUUCCUCUUUUUAUAAGGACACUAGUUCUGUUGGAUUAGGGACUUACUCUAAUGACUCAUAUGACCUCAUGUAACCUUAAUUGCCUCCUUUAAAAGGCUCUAUCUCCAAACAUAGUCACCUUAGGGAUUAGCACUUCAACCUAUGAAUUUUGAGGGGACACAGUUCAGUUCAGUCUAUAACUGAUCCUGCCUUUCCAAUCUGAGUGGGAGAAAAGAAGAUAUUGGCCAAGAAAUGCAGUUAUGACUGUGUGCAGUUUGAGAAUUGCUAAGAUAGGAAGAAUGCAUGAGACAGGAAGAGUGAAAAGAUUGAUGGAUGGAUACAUGAAUGGAUAUUUAGAUGGAAAGAGAGAUGAAUGAAUAAAUGACUUUGGUAGUGUGUUGAUAGCACCAGGACAGAAAUUACAUUUUGCUUCUUUGGGAUUGUAGUUUUUUACAGUAUAGGGGUUGCAAACUCAAAUGCUCAUGCUAGCCAGGUAACGGAGUUGUAAAAAGAGGCCAGAUGCAAUAAUAGGGAGUUAUAGGGACUGAUAAAUUAGAGAUAGCAUGCCUUAUAAAGGGGCAGGAGGUGUUAACAAAGACUUUCUCCUUGAGUCAUGAUCCUCUGAGUCCUCUUUCUUAUUAGGCUCUGACCUUGGGCUUCUGUCCUUGGCACUGUCCAAUUUUAGCAAGACUUCUGCUGAAUCAGUUUAGCAAGUAUCCCCUACCCUUGGUAUUUGAUCACCCUCAAUAUCUGAUCAAAUUCCUCCUUCCCCCCCUCUCAAUAUCUUAUCCCCCUUGACUGCAUUCAGUAAGAAUCUCGCCAAGUCAGUUUAGCUGGAAUCCCCCCUAGCCAUGAUGUUCCCUGAUAGUCAUUUUCCACCCACUGAUCCUCCACCUUGCUCCUUAGUGAUACAUUUCCACUUUUGCUUGUUGAAUUCAGACUUGAGCUCAUCUCUCCCUGCUACUACAAAACCCUAUUGUACUGUCCCUUCUUGAGUAAAGUCUCCUUUAAGGUCCUUAACAAGUGUCAUGAAAAAUUUUUCUUUAACAAUACUUGGCUACAGUCAGUUGUUGUCAUGUGGGUUGCUGGCCUAACUUCUGAUUUUACAAGGGAAGCCAGAAAUCUGAAUUUCCAGAUGAAAUCUUUCCUUAAAUAGACCUUGAAAUUCAAAAAUUAUAAAAUACUGUGUAAGCCAAAGAAACACAUACACACACAUAUAUAUAUUCUGAAUGCAUGCUGGGGGCUGGAAGACUACCACUUACUUACAGUCUACCACUUACUAGCUUUGUAAUCUUGGGCAAUUAUGCAUGUACUUCAUAGAGCUGUCGUAAGGAUAAAAUUAGUUCAUGCAUGUAGGUACCUAAACAAUGCCAGCUGCUUAGUAGGAAAGCAGUAACUGUGAGCUGGUAAUAUUAGCUAGUAUCAUGAAACCUCUUGGUUUCCUCAUCUGUAAAAUGGGGACAAUUGCCUUUCCUAUCCCCCAAAGGAUUGUUGCGAGGGUGAAAGAAGAACAUGUAUGAAAGACCUUGAAAAAGUAUAUACAUUGCUAAGAAAUACACUAGGCAUUACUUCUGUUACUAUCCCUGUAAAUGAGGCACAGCCUUUCCCAGUGCAGGAAUGGGAUCCCUAGGAAGAGGAGCAGAUAGUAACUAUUAAUUGUCAUUUUGUUGUUCUUAGAAUUUGGUUGAUUUUUUUUCCUUUUUUAUUAUGAAAAUUUUCAACAUUCAGAAAAGUAGAGAAAAUGGUAUAAUGAACACCCAGAUACCCUUAUCUGAUCUAAUAAUUAUUAACAUUUGCCAUAUGUGCUUGACUUGGUGAGUUUUCCUGGCAGAUAUAUGAGAAUGCAAUGUGGCAGAGAUGUGAUAAGGAAGUGGGUGAAUUAAGGCGUAAUUGUUGGUGCUGACUGGGAAAGCUGAGGGCUUUAACUACCUCAGCCACUACUUAUUUUUUCAAAAAAGCAAGUUCUAAUCAGGUGUGGAUGGCUGCCUUUUGGCUAGGACCCCAGAGAAAGGAAUUUUGUACAGGGUAGGUUUGUUAUAGACAAUACAUUGUUACCACCUUAAAGAAAAUUGUAUAAAUGGGAUAACAGAAAUGAUUUUAUUUAUAAGAUUUUGAUAUGUUGUUAUUUUUAAGGUUUUAAUUUUUUGCAAAGAAAUGUAUUUGUGUAUUGCUCAUGCAAUGGAAAAUAAAAAUUUCUGGAGAGACUUUCAAUAUGGAAAUAUCUCUGACACAAAGAACUCAGGAGUUGAAAUUGUAGUGGAUCUGAGAGAAGUCUGGUAAAAUCAGUAAUAAAAAGAGAUGUUGGUCACUAAAAAUGAAAGGUUUCAGAAGCAGAAACACUCAGAUUCAAAGAAAGUAUAUGCUAAUUAUAAAUGGUUCCUUUCUGGUAAAGCAUCUAAAAGAUUCUCUAAGACAUAUUGCCCCAUUUCUCAACAUCAACUAUUACUGCAUUUAAAUGCUAACACUCUCCCUGGAAAGGAUGUCUUACAACGUGAAAGCAACUAAACUUUGCUUUAAAAUUCUAUUAUUCAGACUCCUCAUUAAUUUAAGCUGACAUUCCUCCUCAAUUGGGGCAAAUCAUCAAAGCUUUAUUGUAUUGAGAACCUUGAAUUCAGCAACAAAGAGUGUGGGAUAUGAGGGAAAACGUGGGGAAGGGGAGAGUAGAGAGCUCCCAAGGCCAAAGAAGGAAGGGGAGGGGAGGAAGGCUGCAGGAAGGACUGCAGAGGGAAAGAUGGAGCAUGGACAGGACGAGAGGGAAGGAGUUAGAAAAUGGCUCAAAUGAACAUGGUAGAAGCAAGACAAGCCUGCAACUUUGAGAUCAGACAUUUUUCUCCAGAGUAAAAAUAAAAAGGGAGCUAGGAUAUAGGGAAAGGGAAAACAUUCCUUUUCUUCAUUCAGGUGCCUCUCUAAUCUCCUUACCCAUGGCACUCUGCCCAGUGGCUCAGUGCCUGCCAAGAAGCCCACCCUACAGACCCUGAGGCCUUGGAGCUCCAGCCCUCUCACCCCAGUGUCUGGCCAAGUUGCACCUCCACCCCAGGCCCCAGCAGGGUGCCCUCUCGUCCUUUCUGGUGUGAUUGACUAUGGGAUGUGGGAUAUACUAGAUGGAAUGUAUUGAGUUCAUUGUUGAGGCAUAAGGCAAGGAAGGAUCUUUGAAAUGUGAGGACAUUAUCUCAAACUUUCAUUUACCGUCUAUGAUUUAUCACUAGAAUAUAAUGAGACUUAUAAGACGAGCUUUAAAGCCUAGGGAAAACCGAGUUCCUUCAAUGUGUAACUUUAAUAAAUAAAAUAUUAAUUUCAAAAGCCAGAGUAGUCCCAGACAGUCUUUUCUCUGCACCAAAACAAUGCUCAAGGACACAAGAAACUCACACAGACACUGUGAAGCAGAUAGCUCCUAGCGUCCAGCAACCCCUCUUAGUCCAAGUCGGGGGAGCUGCAAGAAUUCAGUGCCCAGCCCAACACCUUCCAGCUCUGGGUCCUCAAAGAAUGGAUAUAAACUCCCUAAGUCCCAGUUUCCCUAGGUGUAAGAUGGGAAAAGAGAUUAUCUGCCUAAUCUUAAAGCCAAGGGGCCUGUGAGGAUGACACUGUAGGAAAAAGGUUUUCCAACCUUCACGGAAGAUCUGAGCCUAGUUUACUACAAUGACUCCUCCAGUUUUAUGACACAGAUCUGAUCAUGCCAUUUCUCUGCUCAAAACUCUGAAGUGACCUCUUUUUCACUUCAGGCUGAAAACUAAGUCCUUCCACUGGCCUAUAAAGCUACCCCUGCAUUCAGCAGCACCUGCUUCCCUGUCUCUCUUUCUGCCAGGAACACCUUCCCCUUAGGGCCUUUGUACUUCCAAGUCCUUUGCUAGAAUGCUUUCCCCAGAGGGCACCAUAGCUGACUCCCUCACCAACUUCCCCCUGAUAGUGGGGUGACUCCCUCACCUCUAAGGUUUUGCUAACCUGUCACCUUCUCCAUGAGACCUACCCCGGUUAAAAUUGCGGCCUGCUUUUCUUACCCCCAUCCUGUUUUAUAUUUUUCCAAAGCAUUUAUCACCAUGCAACAAAACAAACAGCUCACUAUGCUUCCCCUUCACUUGUGUGUCUUCCCUGCUGCAGUAUAAGCUCUGGAGGGCAGUCAUCUUCGAUUUGUUCACAGAUGUGUCGUAAGCACCUGGGUUGGAUCUUUCUUAGAGGUCCAGAAUAUAAAAUCAAUAAAAGAAGGGCUACUCCAAAUAAAGGGAAGUAUGGGUUCAAAAUCUUCCUACCAUCCUUGCAGGCUGUCCAUAAGCAAGUGCCAAAACUGCUGACAUUUGCUCUCAUGUGUGAAAUCAGUUUUGAAGCUAUAAGGUGCUAUAUAAUGUCAGAUCCUAGGGCCGGGCACAACGGUCUGCACACAUCAGGUGCCCAGCUAAUAAGGGGAAGGGAACUAACAUUUGUUGAGCAGCUAUUACGUGAUAGGCAGCGUCUGUGCCCCGUGUACCGUAUAAGUGAUCUCAUGAAACUGUCAGAUCUUUUACCAUUAUCUCUCCAGUACCUCACACCAAGCCUGGCUUGUGUUAAACACUCAAUAAAUGCUCAUUUAUUUCUCUAACGACCUUCUGAGGCAGGUACUAUCAUCUCCAUUUGGGAAGGGCCCCAAGGUUCAAGUUUAGAUAGCUUGCUUAAUGUCAUACAACUCGUGAGUAUCAGAGCUAAAAUUUAAAUUCUUAACAGACAAGCUCCAAUACCUCUGAUUCUUUGAGAGAAUGUAGGUUAGACGACUCCUCCGAGCUUCCCGGAAGCAGACCUGUCUCUGGGCUGCACCAGGAGAUGGGAGGAGGGGUAUUUCUUUUUCCACCUGGGCUCACUUCCUCCCUUUGUGCAAUUGGCUCACCUGUGCAGUUGGCUCACCUGGAAGGGCCUCCUGCUA